AGAGGCACCUUUUUCAGUUUCAAUAAAACUCAACAGCAGUAUUGUCUAAAGAUUCACUCAGGCAUGCAAGCAACAGCCCCAAGCCAAGGGUCCACACCUUCCCCAAACUCCCAGUCCCAAAGCACUGGCGCUGUCACCGGCAGCCUGAGGUACCGUCCAGUACCCCUGGACCGAAGCAACUCCCAAACAACACCACGGCAUCCUUCUUGGCAGCAGGGGUGGAAGUGCGCAGGUGAGCGGGGUGGGUAGGGGAAGCCAGACCUAACUAGGUGACUGCAAACUCCUAGGGGAAAAUAGCAAGACAGUGUCAAAGGGCUGGCUUGGCAAAGGAAAAGAGGGAGGCCAUCCAGCACAGGGAGUGGACAACAUACUCCUUCGCACCUUCCUUCACGUCAGUGAAAAGACCUAGGAGGGUUGCGGUAUGCAAAAUUUGCAUUUCUAAAACCCUGACACAACCCUUAAUUCACUAGAAAAAAAAAAAUGACAAGGGCAACAUUCACAUGUGGGAGUUUGUACACACAGUGAAACUUCAUGAAGAUUUUCUCUGCGGCAGUUUUUAAAUUUGCGCGAAGUGCCACGGCCAGGUGUGCGGAAGAAGGAAGCGCCCACCUGCACACAAAGGGGAGACGCCUGGGACCAAAAGCGGGGAGGCCGAGCGCGGCCGGAUGGGGGCGGGGCGGCCGGGGCCGGGGCCGCGGCGGCGG